AUGGAAGACAACGACGAUGACUACUUCUCCGAUGACUUCGAUUCCCUGCCUCCAGGUACCUUGUACCAGUUGGAGCAAAACGCUUUCCAGGCCACCCAAGCGCCUGCGACUCAACGAUAUGACCAGCCGAUUCUAACUGAACCCGUUCAAGCUCGUCCGUCAGCUCGUGCGCCCGCAACAUUGAAACCGCCGCCGCGACUACACACAGGAUUGACAAACGACUAUGACACACUGGAGGUGGGAGAAUUGGAGGCGGAGAUCCACGACUAUGUGGACGGACAGUCCGUACUUCCGCAGGGCCACCAUACUCUUGUCGCUGACGACGAUUGGUCCGGCAAUGGUGGAAUGGACGAUGUUAUGGAGGUAGAUGAUGAGUAUGGUCAAGCAAAUGCUCAUGAGCUGAAUUCACGCCUGGAACAGAUGGAACAAGAACGAGAGCAAAUGCGCCGCGAGCUCGCCGAAGCCAAAAUGCUAGCAGAAACGAAAGCUGGGGAAAUCGCAAUCAUCCGGUCAAAACAGACAAGAAUGGCUGAAGAAUACGACCGACAAUUAGCGGCGCUUAGAAAGACUAUGACGGAUGAGGCCACCAAACACAGGGAAGAGGUCGAGGCGGCAAUGUCGGAGGGAAAAAUGUUAGCGACAGAGAACAUCUUCCUCCAGCAUGACCUAGCCGAGGAAGCUCAUCAGCUCCGCAACUACAAAAGCAAGCACCGAGCUGAGGAGAAAGCUCCGCCAGUCACCCCCAAAAAGUCUCGAGUACUGCCUUUUCGCGAUGGGUUCGAUGAUGACGAAAUCGCCGCCAUCUCACCCAGCAAGUCAGCCACACGAUCAAAGAGAACCACGCCCACAGUCCCUGGUAAACGGAAACGACAAGCGAGCGUGGAUAGUGCGCCAGCACUGCAAUUGAGUCCGGCUGGAGAAAUAAUGAUGGGCGACGCACCCGACGACACCGCCGGGUCUUCAUUUGAAGCAGAGCGCAACUCACCAGGAAGGACCCACGGCCGCGAUCAUCAACUUUUGAAACGACUUCUCAAUCAUCGCAUGUUUCCAGGCCAAGAAACCGAUCUGGAAGCACUAACCAAAUACUCAUUCCCCUCAGAGCCGAGUCGACCGCUAUCUAGCAUUCUCAUGGACCAGUUGGUCAAGUUAGAUCUCGACAAUUACUUGCUGGAUUACAUGUACGCUAUAGGGCCUCUCUGGCAGCGUGCAUUAACAGAGCGUUUCUAUGAUCCUGUACCUCGAUUUGCUUCAAUUACCAGAUAUGUGUUCAUGAUGGAUGAUGUUCCACUCCUAGACCUCAUCGCUCCAUUGGCCGGUGUUCUUCAAGACUCUGUCGAGGUCAACGCAGUCCCUCGAUUCCGCUACUCUCCAGCUGCGCGAGAAAAAGCCCGAGUGGUUCGACAGACACCACAAGCCGAUCUCCAGCCGGUCGAUUCCACGGAGGCUCUACGCUUGCUCUAUCAUAUGGCCUGCGAACUUUUGCAUGUGAAAGGCGCACUCGAAAGUCUCUGGAGGCAUAUAAGGCAUACUUUCAUCCUUGUGAUGUUGCACGGCUCCCAGCCACUGAAAGACAUUAUGCUCAUUUUGCAGCUACUGUCAACCAGUAUCCGCCCAGACUCAUUCGGUCCUAUAAUGUCCUCUGAGCAAGAGCAAACGGAUGUGCAACGAUAUAUCGUAGAUCGUCUCACUCACAUGCUGAGCGAGUCCGCGCAACCCGACGAGGGCGUGGAGCCUUACACCGCACACGACAUUUGCACCAUGCGAUUCGAGGUCCUGCUUUUGCUGAGACACGGUAGCAGCAUCAUCGCCGCGCAUCCCAAUGCACUGCCACGAUUAUUCCGGUCAAUGCAUGACGAGCUGGACGCACUAUAUUCCUCUCCACCAGAGCACGAUCUACGAGUAGCCCUUGUCAACGGACUGAUGCGACUCAUUUUCGGUGUGAUGCGGCGCCACGGGCAAUUCAUCAACAUGCAAGAGAAGCUCGCUUGUGUGCCAGGAAGUAAGCAAAAGCAUCUCGUGGUACUUACCCGCCUUGCCUUUUGCGACGGGUCUGUACUAGAGGCUGGCAUUGAUGAUGAGACUGUCGACAUGGCGCACGAGCUACUGGAGGAGUGGACGAACCCGCAAGAAGCAGAGUCUCUGGCAGAAGCAUUUCCGACUUCGAGACGGGACUAA